UCGUGAUGACAUCAAAAGGUUUUCGGGGCCUACGUGAGGCGAGGGUUAUGCAGGGUGCGCAAUCAAAGUUGUUUACGGAUUUGGACUCACCGGGUUGUGUGGGUUAUCUAGAUGAAACUGACGCUGCAUGAGAUUGUAAGGUGAAUGGAGACGGUACUCAGUGAUCCAAACAAGUCUCAAAAUAGUUCAAAAUGUCUCAAAAUAGGUGUUUGUUCUAUCUGAUUACACAAAAAUGGAAGGGUAACUGAGCAUGACAAUUUUAUCUCCAUAAUGACAUUGCACUGUGGCGAGCUAUAUAAAGCGAAGCUUCUAAAAUAGUCAGCAUUAGCAAAUCGUCGGCUUCCGUGUCUACAGAGCAACUAAAAGAAGACAGAAGAAGUUCUCUACGAGUCGUACAAGAUUUAUUCAAACACAAUCUCAUCUUUGAAAAUGAAUUCCAUUUACCGCCGGGUAAUUAUUCUUCUCUUUCACGCUAUUGUCUUUUGCCAUGGCUACCGCAUUCUGGCCGUCAUGCCCUACGCUUCAGCAAGCCACAAAAACACCGUGGUCCCGCUCCUUACUUCUUUGGCGGAACGAGGGCAUCACGUUACCUACAUCACUGGAAAAAGGACCCAGCAGCUUCAGAAUACAACAAACGUAAGAGAAAUUGUCCUUGACAUGAAAGUCGAAUUUACCGUCGCAAAUCGAGGUGCCGACAGAAAGUCUUUCUUCGACAACAUCGUGGAACAACCUUUCAAGACGAAAAUGGAGUUUCUUCAGAAAUUCCGAGAGGUACCCGAGAGUGCGAUCAACAGUACUUUUAGAGAUCCCCAAAUCCGAAACAUGAUGGAAACGGAGAAGUUUGAUGUUGUCCUGAUUUCUGUAAUUACGGCAUACGUCGGGUAUCCGCUGGCGUGGCACUUCAAUUGCCCAUUCAUCGUCAUGAGUCCAAACGUCGCAUUCGCCGACAUGCCGUUUGUAGUGGGAGAUUCCGAACACACAGAGUACGUCCCGUUCAUCAUGUCUGGCUUUACAAGUCAAAUGAGUUUGAUGGAGCGCACAAUCAACACGGCAUUAGUCCAUUUGACGAGCAAGAUUCCGAAAAUCUUCAACACCCCAAUUUACGAAAAGCUGGUUCAACAUUAUCUGCCUGGAUGCCCUCCUCUGUUGGAGAUUGAACACAACACGAGUUUGAUUUUUACCAACACUCAUCCGAGCAUCUCUUACCCUCGUGCAAGUCCACCCAGCCUAAUCGAGGUUGGAGCUAUCCAUUGCCAUCCUGCCAAGGCGUUGCCAACGGACUUGGAGGAAUUCGUUGACGAUGGAGGAAAUCCAGCCGGAUUUCUAGUCUUUACCGUGGGCUCAGUCAUACAAAUGGAUGAAAUGCCGGAUAGAAUCCUUGAGGUUUUCAAAAAUGUGUUUGCUCGUUUGCCGCAACGAGUUAUCUGGCAGUGGAAAAACCAACCGAAAAAUUUGACAAUGCCUGCCAACGUGUUGCUGUCCAGUUGGUUGCCGCAACAAGACCUAUUAGGUCAUCCGAAAUGUCGCGGAUUCCUCACUCACGGGGGUCUUCUAAGCACGCAAGAGGCUGUGUACCACGGAGUCCCUGUAAUUGGAAUCCCCUUUGUAACUGACCAAGAGAACAACAUGAUUAAGGCUGUUUCAGAUGGUUACGCUAUCAGACUCGAUUGGAACAACAUAGACGAAGACAAAUUGCACACAGCUCUUCUUGAUAUACUAAAUGACCCAAAAUAUGAUACCAAUGUUAAGCGACUACAGUCUCUGCUAAGAGAUCAACCCGAAACACCACUAGAAAGGGCUGUUUUCUGGACAGAAUAUGUACUGCGCAAUAAAGGAGCAGCUGCGCUACAACUCGGUUCAAGAAACCUAUCCAGAUUUCAACGAAACCUCAUUGACGUGUAUAUCAUUUUAUUCGCAGCCUUUGUGAGUUCGAUGUUAGCAGUCACCUUGGCGAUACGUUGGGCGUGUUUGAGGUGGCCAAGAAAGUAAAAGGUGUACGCUCAUCAGCAAUCACAGUCAAAAUUCGUGUGUCCACAAAAAUCUCGCACAAGGGAUUCAAUGUUGUAUCAUAAAUUAAUUUUUCACAAAUAAUGUAUUCUCGUCAACGUUUUCGCGAAAGAAAAGAACGAAUAAACUUUGUUUUACUUA